AUGGAAUCACUUUAUUCAUUUUUGACCUCUUUAGAUGACUCUAAAAUAGAUUCAUUAGAAACUUAUAAUGACUUUUCAUUUUUUGAAUUCUUGAAUACCCAUUUUAUUGUUAAGAAUUCAAACGUUCUAACUUUGCCAAUUAAUAUUUCGAUAACGAGCAAUUUCGUGGACACUAUUAACCAAUGUAUUACUUUCUUGUUGGAUAAAAAGCUCUUUAAUAAUUUGCUAACAUUUGGAUAUAAAUUUACUCAAAAUACAUCCGAGCUUUUGUCAAACAAAUCAAUUAACACAAAUGUUCAUAUUCUGAAAUCUGUGAAUUGGAAAAUACUAUUUAAUGCCAUCAAAGAUCCAUUGGUCUUUAUGGAUUUGUUAUUAAACUAUUCAGUAUUUCAUUUUAACUAUAAUUUAAAUUGUUACAUACAAAUUGUGGGUAAUAAAUUAAACCGACCACAUUCACCACCAACAUGGGUUUUAAAAAAAUCACAUAAAAAUGACCUAUCUACAAAACAUAUUAGCUUAAGAUAUGCAUCAUUUAGAGAUAGACAUUUUAAUGAACUCAAAAAUUUAUUAAAACGAACUCAAUGCAUCUUUCCCUCAGACUUGUUGUCAACUUUACCAUCAUCUGUUAAAUAUUCUAUUGAAUUGAAUUAUAAAUCAAUAUAUAAGAAUUUCAACUCAAUUCUAAAGCAAAACCUUCCAAUAAAGUUUCUAAAUAAGUUUUGUCCAAAGCAAUCGUACAAUUACCAUUUAGAAAAUGCAACUCCCUCCAAAGAUGUUGUAAGAUUUAUCAUUCUUUUAUUAGAAAAACUUAUCCCUCAAAAGUUAUUUGGGUCCAAAAAAAACAAAUCAAUUAUUUUCUCAAACUUAAGCUCGUUUAUAAGCUUACCAAUCGGUGGUUCGAUCUCCAUUAGUGAUGUAAUGAUGAAUAUUCAAGUAACAAAAUUUAGUUGGCUCCAUAAAUUAUCCUCAUCUUCUUUAAACGAUUUUCAAUUACUAACAAAUCUUGUUCACCAUUUUGUUUACUGGCUAUUUACCUUUUUAAUAUCAAAUUUGAUCUCAAUUCAUUUUUAUGCUACAAACGUUUCCUCGAAAGUAGAAAUCUUAUAUUUUAGACAAGACACAUGGCACUCAAUUUCUAAAUCAUUUAUUAAAUCAUAUUUUAUGAAAUAUUUAUUAAGAUCUCCAUUUACUUCCAUACUAUCGGAUAAUUCAAAUUUAGAAAAUGCAUCAAAAUUAAGAAUUAUACCUAAAAGUGCAAAUGGCGAGUUUCGUGUUUUAUCCACUCCUUAUAGAAGCACUAACUCUAAUAUAAUUUACCAUAGCUUAAAGAAGCCUGUUAUACUUAUAUUAAAAUAUUUAAGAACUAAGAGGGAAACAAGAUACCGUAGAAUACAAUCUGUCAAUGAGAUUCCAUUAGCAAUUCAAUAUUUUAAAUCAAAGCUUGAAAAAAAGUUCGACAAAUCAUUACCAGCUAUCUAUUUCAUGAAAUUUGAUAUGGAUUCUUGCUACGAUUCUAUACCAAGGACAAAGUUGAUAUCAAUACUCGAUGAUUUGCUUUCAAAGGAAGACGGGUUUCAUUUACGUUCACAAACAAUUUAUAAUUAUCAGACAAAUAAAUCGAAAAUUUCUUAUUCUAUAAAUGAAACAUUACAAGGAACUCCAAAUGAUAUAUUGGUAGAUAAUGUAUUAACAAAGUAUUAUUCCAAUUCGGAUGUUCGUCGUUUAGUAUACGAUGAAAUUUUCCAAACAACAAUGUAUUAUAAAAACAGGCCGUAUAUUCGCAAAGAUGGCCUUUUUCAAGGCUCUCAUUUCUCAGGAUUAUUAGUAGAUAUUUUAUAUGAUGAUCUCUUAGAGUCUUAUGAUGUCUUCCAUUGUAAUACCACAAAUGAUGAACGACUCUUAUUACGAAUUGCUGACGACUUUCUUGUUAUGUCCACCAAUAAAAAGCAAAUUGAAGAGAUCAAUCAAGUUGCAAGGGAAGGGUUUAUGGAAUAUAACGCUUCAGUAAAAUUAGAAAAAAUUCUAAACCUUUCCUCUCAAGAAUAUGCAGAAACUAAUAAGGAUACCACUAUAUUUCAAUUUUGUGGGCUAAAUAUUAAUUUUUGUAACUUAAAUGUUUGGAAAGAAUCAACGUCGCUUAAUAUUUUGCAAGUAAAUUCAUCUUCCAUAAAAACCAUUUACAAACGAUUAAAAUGGAUAUUUCAAAUUCGAUUAUCGUAUAAUACCCUAAAUAUGGAGAUUAACAAUAAUGACACCAUAUGUUUACAAAUAAAAAUAAUCAUUGAGAAUAUUAGUAAAAUAUUAAUAAACUCGUUACAAAAUAAUAAAAACAACAAUACUAGAAACAAUGAAAUAAAAAUGAAAUAUUUUUUAAAUUUUAUCAAUUAUACAAUUGAAUCAACUAAUAAUGUUACAAACAUGAACUAUAAAAAUGUAAUUAUUCAUGAAUUCAUCAGAAAUUUCUUACCAAACCAAUCCAAGUUUAGCAAAGAAAUUAAAUGUCUAAAUAAUAUUGUAUAA